AUGGCGGGAUCCGGGGGGAAACUCGACGGGUUUUUCUUCGCCAACCCGACGGCGUCGAUCGCCGUGGUGCGGAGUCUCCUCGCGGAGGUCUGUGCGUUGCUGGAGUACUACCAGGAAAACCCGCCCCUACGAGGGCACCCCGCGCCUUCUGCCGGCGGUUCGGCCGGGGAGCCGAGCAGCCACGCCGCCUUCGCCACGACCCCUGCCGCGAUGGGAGGGGGGGAUUACCUCCAGCGGCUCUGCAGCUCCUUCUCGCGUCACGCCGAGCGGGGUCGACGCUCUUCUUUCCUGAAAAGCCUGCUCACCAUUCCCAGCCGUGGGAGCGCGAAGAAGCUUCCGAACGCCGAGGGUUCCCACCGAAGUGCGUGGAUCGACUUGGAGACGGUCGCGUCGACGGCGAUCUUUCUCCCCUCCGAUCCGUUGAUGUCGCACGAGAUGCAGCUCCAUCUCAUCCACCGUCGGAUUCUCUUCAAGGCGCUGCAACGCCUCUUUUUCAGCGUGCUGCUCCUCGUCUUCAACGUCGAGGAGGCAAGGAUGCGGCCGGAGUCGUACACGGAGCUCUACGCGCCGUACUUCGCCGCCGCGGGUGGGGAGGCCGCCUUGUCCGGCAAGGCCGACGACGAAACGGAGAGUGGGGUUAGCAAUGCCCUCAAGGGGAAACGCUACCGGUAUUUAGAGGAGUGCUUUUUCUUCAUGGCGUUCAUUUAUGCCGAGCUGGACGGGUUGUCUAAGCACGGCUACGAGGCGUGCACGGCAGCCUUGAUGUACGCACCGCACAACGCGGCGCUUUGGAUGCUUCGCGCGGUCUUUCUCGCCCGCCUGAAGUCUUACAAAGCCGCACUGCAGGACCUCGACAUCGCCACGACGCUAACGGAAACGCGGCUGAAUCAGCUGCGCCUGGCUCUGGUCGAGAGCAAGACGCCGCCGCACCUGCAGCGCGGGGAUAACUCGUCAAAGAAGUCUAAAGUUUCCCACAGCAUCCCGGUGGAGGGCAAGGCGCAUCCGCACGCCAGCCAGAGCUCAGUGGCAGGAAAUGAGAGCUCGAUGGAGCUGAAGGAGGAUAUCGAGGCGUGUGAGCAGCGCUUGCAGGAUAUUCAUCGCCAGAGGUUGGGCGUGAACGACCUUGUCGGGGAGCUUCAAGGCCGCCGGGCCAUGCAAAAGUCGCUGAACCUAUUGGGCUCCACGAUGGGGGGUGCUUUGAGCCACUGGGCAUCUCUUCAAUAG